AUGACACUAACAUCUUCGACAUUGAAGACUCUCCAGAAAGGGAUCAAAAACGAUAUUCUCCCGCCGACCUUAAAGGAUGCAGUCACAGUGACGAAAGAACUUGGUUUUAGAUACCUUUGGGUCGAUGCGUUAUGUAAAUUUCAAGAUUCUCUACAGGACAAGGCAGCAGAGAUAGUCAAAAUGUGUCAAUAUUACGAAGACGCAACCCUAGUCAUACAACCCACGGGAUUGACGUCCGUGCAAGACAGUUUUGUAGAAACGGACGGCAAUGCAAUGCUUGUGGCGUCGCAGGCUUCGACAUAUCCAUCAGAAAAGCAGCUCCUCAAAAUGUGUACAGUGCCUUACGUCGAUACCUACGGUCAGAGAAAUAUGAUAACUGUGGAGCAAGAUCCUACGACGUUCUGCCCAUGGAAGGAACCUCUUCAUCAGCGAGCUUGGGUGUUACAAGAGCGGCUUCUUAGUCGUCGAGCCAUCAUAUUCCCUUCUGGAGGAGGGCUGAUAUGGCAGUGCAAAGAAGGCAAACAAGUUGAUGGCAGAAUAUAUGCCUCUGACUUGAGCGAUGAAGGAUUGGAACCUUUGCUAAGUCACACGUCCCAACAACCGCAACCUCAUCAAAUUGACGAUUCUUGGAGAACUAUUAUCGAAGAUUAUAGCGGCCGUCAAAUGACAGACUCGACGGACGAAUUAAUUGCUAUCUCAGCUCUUGCAGAACACUAUCACGAGUGUUAUGGAUCCACCCUUGGUGCAUAUUGUGCAGAAAUCUGGCAUAAAUUCCUCCUAAAGGUCCUGAAUUGGGUUCAUUCCGAAGAUACACUGAUGACGAGACCCAUAUUCUAUCGAGCACCGGCAUGGUCUUGGGCUGCUGUAGAUGGGAAGCAUAGAGCUGAAGUCUUCGAAGAUGGCAAUGGACAUUUUCUUGCUCAGGUUCAGAAGUGUCAGACCAUCCCUGCCUCUUCCAAUAUACCUUUCGGUGCUGUCAAGAGCGGCUCCCUUGAGAUAAAAGGCUUUCUCAUUCAAGGUGUUUGGUCUGAAGACUCCAAAUCUAUGGAAUUCCGGGAUAGUCGGAUACACGCAGACUUAAGCAGCGUUACCAUCACACAUUAUCCUGACACCCUGGAUGACAAACCAAGCGAUAUGGAGAUAUUUCAUUGCCUUCCACUGCGAACUCGCUCAGAAUCCAUGCAGGAUCUUGCAGGAUUGCUGUUGAAACCAACUGAUGACGGCAUGUAUCGUCGAGUGGGAAGCUUCGAAGCCUGGGUAGGUCUAAAGAUCGACCCUCGUACAUGGUUUGAGCAGCAGGAACCGCAAAUCAUCACCAUCAUCUAG